ACGACCAAGCGUCGUUCGUCGGUUCGUCCGGCUUGCUGUCAAUGUCAAAGAAAACCAAGCAAACUGUUCAUAUUAUUGAAAAUUUGCGUUUUCUUUAAUAAUUAUGAGAUAAAAUUGAUAUAAUACAUAGUUAUGUGACAUCCAUGAUCUUUUAAAAGUUCUAUCAUAGCGUGACGCUAUCCGUGAGUGUCGGUAUUUUGCAGUUUAAGUGUGCGUUAAAAGCCGUUCGCUUGUACUGUUAUAAUGGCUAAAUCACAAAUAAAUACUAAAUCCAGCAACUACAUAAAGGAUAGAGAAGGUUUCCUGAAGGAGUUGAAGCAGUUCAAUGAGAGUAAAAAUCUACCAACAAAAGUGCCAAUUGUGAAUGGCAUAGAAAUAGACCUGUACCUCUUCUACACUUUGGUACAACAGAGAGGAGGACUCAGCAAGGUAAAUCAGAAUGAUACUUGGGAGUCAUUUCUGCGACCAUUGAGGCUGCCACAUCCAUGUGUCAAUGGAUCUACACUGCUUAGAAGAAUUUAUGGGUCCUAUUUGGAAAAAUAUGAGCGAGCAAAAGGUCCACCAGGCAGAGAUGACGACAACGAUAUGGAUGAAGACCCUCGCCGCGGGAGGGGGGGCAUGCCGCGAAUAUCCUAUGGUGGGGGUACGUACAUAUCAGCAUCAGGUGAGGCGCUUCGAACCAGUUCCCGGGUGGCUGCAGCAUCAGAACGUCUGGCUCUCUCACUCUUGUCACCGAUGCCGAACGAGCAAGACUUUGCUGUGAAUGUAUGCACGGUACUGGCAGCCGACCACUCGAAUAGACUGCCUUUGAGCACUACGCCCCAUAUAUUGGACUUUUUGCUGGCUCAUGCGGGCGUUUAUAAUCAUUCGAGUCUCCGCGACACGAUCGGCCGUUCCUACUACGAGGCCCGGGGUCGUUACCCAGACGACUUCUGGAGUAUGCGCGCCGGUGGUGGCGGGGCCAAGGAGUUAGCCGACGAGACUAAAUUCAUGCAGCCCGGAGUGGAACAACCCGAGUUGAUUGUGCAAGCUAGGGCUGCGUAUAAUACGCUGACGGAUUGUUUGUUGAAUGGCGCUGAGGAAGAAGAAUUGCUGGUGGAGAAGAUUUUGGAUGAUGAUGUUCUAGAAGACUGGGUAACGGAGCCCUCAGAAGAGUUGUUCGCGCCCGAGCUCCCAGGGGGCGCCACUUGUGUGUAUACUCAACGGGUAUUGCAGAUAGCUUCCAUAGUUCGCUCGCUGUCCUUCCACGAUGAGAAUGUGCAGUAUUUAGCUAAGAAUACCACGCUUAUAAGAUUCCUGUUGCUCUGCGCAAACUGCUGGGUGGGCACAUUACGCCAAUCAGGACUGGAUACACUAGGAAAUGUGUCAACUGAACUUAUCAUCAAGGACCCAGCAACAUGUCUGAUAUCCCGUCACGUGCUGUCAACGAUUCAGUCAGCUUUAGUGUCACAGGACAGAGCGAGAGUGCUUGCAGCGCUUGAGUUACUGAAUAAACUCGCUCAGAACGAAGUUAAUGAAGAUGCGCUGCUUAAAGCGCUUGAAGCUAAGGUGUACCAAGAAGUAUGCGCCCUACUAACUCUCCGCGACAUAAUGGUACUAGUAUGUACACUAGAAUGCGUUUACGCGCUCACUUCGCUCGGCGACCGCGCUAGCGAAGCCGUGGCCAGAGUGCCCGGCCUUAUUCACACGCUCGUCUCGCUCGUCACUGUCGAGGCCCAAAGCUACGGGCCUCGGGCCUGCAUACUGAUGCGCGUGGUGGAGACGGUGAGCGGGCCCAGCGCCCUCGCCGCGCAGGCCGAGCGAGAGGCGCACGAGCGACUCGGACAACAGCAGGCGGUGAGUAUGUUCCCCAGGCACAGAGCCCCCGCCUGCAUACUGAUGCGCGUGGUGGAGACGGUGAGCGGGCCCAGCGCCCUCGCCGCGCAGGCCGAGCGAGAGGCGCACGAGCGACUCGGACAACAGCAGGCGGCUCAAGUGGCCAUAAAGCCCGCGACCGAAGCCCCUCAAGCGUCCACUGCAGCUGUCACCACUUCAUCGUCCACCCUGGCGCCCGUGACGUCAAUACAGCAGUCUCAUUUACAGCAGAGAACUGUGCAGGAAAACGAGCACUUCGCGCAAGCAUGGCUUCGCUCGGCAUACGAAGUGUUGCCGGCGUCGGACAACAGCGCGUGCGACGCUAACGAGAUGUACCGACAAUAUGUCGCGUGCUGCACUAAGCUCGCCAGGAAGGGCGUUAUUGCGCCACAACACUUCCCUAGAUUAGUCCGGACGGUGUUCGGCGGUACAGUCGGGCCCAACUCAGUGACGCUAGCGACUGGCGAGACUCAACAAGUGUACAUCGGCAUCAGAUCCAGAACUAUGCCGAAUAGACCUAGUCCUACUGCAGGACCUUCGUCGCCGAUACUAAAAGCUCAGCUCACGAAUAAGGCAGCAACUGAAACAAAGCCCGCUGUAUCUACACCCCAAGUACAGACGCAAGCACAACCCACAGCCGCCCACCCGCAUCUAUCUCAAGCCCUCGAGUCGAACCCUUCGAACACGACGCUUAUAAAGCAUUUGUUAGCGCACAAAGUAAGCCCCGCCCUACAGACACCGCAAGUAGCGCAGAGACAACAGAGUCAACAACGAGGACCCGCCACUCCUAGCACUGUUGUUGUUCAAACUAAUCAGGUAAUGGAUGUCGACCCCGAAGCUUUAAUCAAGUGUACGACGAUAACGCCAGGCGGUGUUGCCAGUAGUACGCCAGAUAAGGUUGUUAUCAACCAGCCAGAAGAUCUUUUAGUACCGAAAGAAGAACCAGUGCAGAUUCAAAUAGACGAGCAAACGCAACUGACCAUCAAAUCAGCCCAAAACAAAAUGCUAGCGGACCUACUCAAGAAAAACUCCAAUCCUCCAUUACAAGUAGUUCAAAUGGGCCCCCAGAUUAACGCCCCCACCAUACAAAUAACUGAAACAGGUCAAAUCGUUCAGGUCAAAUCUGACCCGACCCCGGUCAUACAAAUCAACGACCCAGGCAUUGUUUCUCAAGGAAACCAAUACUUUCAAAUAAAGAAUGAGCAAGGUCAACUAAUUCAAAUAAAGAACGAACAGGGUCAAAUCAUUCAGUUGAAGAGUGACCAAUUGCAAGCGCCUAUUCUUCAGUAUAAGAAUGAACAGGGACAGUUGGUUCAAGUGAAGGCAGAAGGUCAAUUGUCUAUGAAAACUGAGAAGGAGGUUGAAUCUGUUGUUGGUGUUGGUGAUCAUUCGUAUACGGAACCGCCGGCUAAGAAGGCGAAGGUGGAAGAAAAGCCGCCUCAAGAAAGCGUGUCGAAGACAGCGGCGAAUCUUUAUGCGGCGCUUGCAGCUUCAGCACUGGAAGAUGAAGAGGAUUUGUUGCCACCGAAGCAAGAGCCAGUAGAAAUGAUACAGCCUUCGGUUUUGAUGACUGCAGCCGGUGACAACUCUGUCAUCAUACAAGAACCUAUUUUACAGGUGCAACAACCAACGAUGUCGGUGCAACAGCCGACGAUACAGGUGCAACAACCGACUCUGCAGGUGCAACAACCGACGCUACAGGUCCAGGCACCUAUACAGCAAACAAUACAGAUGCAACAACCGAUGUUACAAGUGCAACCGAUGGAUGUACAGAACAUUAUUGCUUCGCAAGCUGGCCAGCUUAUCUUGCAAGAGAAAACAAUAUCAACUCAACCACAGUUUAUGCAACAACCGAUGCAGAUUAUAGCUACACCUAGCAAUGCUCAAGGUGGAAUAAGUUAUAUCGCCCAAAACAUCCCUGGGAAUAUGAUGCAGAAAACUAUUAUUAUAGUUCAAGGGCCAACCGGCGGGGGACCUCUCACUUUGACGGUGAACAACCCAGGCGGUUUGGACGAGGCAACGCUAAACAGCCUUAUUACGCAGGCAACAGAGGCGAUAACGCAACAGCAUAUUAUACAGAACUCUGGUGUGAUACAGUCUACACAGAGAGUGUUGAGUCAGCCGGCCUUAGUGAGUACUUCGCAAGCCAUCACGAUGGUCAAGAAUGCCCUCGCCCAGAACGCCCCCCAAAUAACGCCCAGUCAGCAACCUAUAAUAACCAACCCCCCGCAACCGCAUAAGGCUCAGAUCGUCAACCAGCAACCGCCGCAACAAAUCGUGGUUACUCAGAAACAACCACCUGCGCUUAUUAGUACUUCGACCAGUAAUCAGAUUGUUACCAGUAAUGCUCAGCUUAUUCAGGGUAACCAACAACUUCUACAAGGCCAACAGCAAAUUAUAACAGUAUCAAACAACCAGCCGAUUAUAAUGAACGCGCCGAUAAAGACGAACGUGCACCGAAUGGUUCAGCAACCACAGCGGAGUCCUGUAGUGACCAGUGUGCAGAGCAACCAGGUGUCCGUCGUUAGUGAGGCCAAGACUAGCGUUAUACAGAGUUGUGCGAAAGCCACUACCCAACCGGUAAUGAGACAGGUGAUCACCCGUCAACCAGUCAUGGUUGGCAACACCAAGAUCGGUGAUAAAGAGCUCGUCGUCAACCAACCUGUUCCCGAGCAGAAGGUGACGCCGCCCCCAGUGCCGUCGGCCACGCCCCCUCCCGCCCCCACGCCUCAGCCGCCGCCCGCCACCAGCCCGCUCGAAGAGACGCCAUGGAUUUGUCACUGGAGAGGAUGUGGCAAAUCAUUCGGCAGUGCAGCAGAUGUGUUCACCCACGCGGCCCGCAGCCACUGUCCGCCGGCGGCGGGCGGCGAGGCGCCGUGCAUGUGGCUGGACUGUGACCGCGUGCCGCGCAAGACAUUCGCGCUGCUCAACCAUCUCACCGACAAACAUUGUACUGUGCAGGCAUUAAAAGCGAUCUACAAUUCCCGUCGUCACGCGGCUGCGGAAGGGACUGACGGCAAACCCGUCACUCUCGGCUACCCGCCCAACGCUGCUCUCGCAGCCUUAAACAAACACGCCGCCGAUAUGUUCAAUCCUAGAGAACUUAUGCACAGGGCCGAACUCAGUCGCACGCCGGAACAACUGGAUGAGAACGAGGGUCCGGUCACGAAGAGCAUACGAUUGACAGCAGCACUUAUAUUAAGGAAUAUUGUCAUUUAUUCUAAUACUGGACGGAGACAACUCCGGUCAUACGAGGCUCACUUGGCGACCAUCGCGCUAAGCAGCGUGGAAGCUUCUCGAACAAUCGCCCAAGUUCUAUACGACAUGAACAACAUUUGAGAAUCGACACCCGGGCACCGAGCCCAAGACUAGCGAUUACAGUACAUACCGCCACUGUAAACUGAUAGACAGAGAUUGAAAAAUGAUUGGAAUGUACUUUCUUCUUUCCGAAGUAAAAUCGAAGAUGGCGUCAUUUCAUCGAAAAAAAAGUAUCGAUAAAAUUUUGAAACAAGAUUGUCACAUCACUGGGUUACAUCGGUAUUGUAAAGGGAAUUAGAAAGCGUUCGUUUCGGAAUGACAAGAUUGUAAUGCCUAGACUAAUUAUGUGGCAGGCAUGAUUAAAGUUGUGUUUGGAAAAUAAAGAAAAAGUGGUUGUUUUGUAUUGUAUGUGAUUGAAAGUUCUGCAGUGUACCGACUGUUCAAAACACAAGUGCAGUUAUUUGUUGUCUAUCUUUUUAUAGCUAGUGAUCUGAAUUAAAUAUGAACUCUUAAUAUUUAAGAAAAUGUGUGCAAAUUAGACCUUGGAUAAUAUUUAGAAAUAAUUUAAUUUUAUAAUAGGAGAAUAAUAUGACAGCUUUUUGAGUUUUAAGCAUACUUAAAAUGGGUGCAGAGCAUAUUUUUUAUGUGAUUAGGUGUAACUUUAUCAUUUGUUGAUCCCAAUUUCGUUAUAACAAUUUGUUAUCUUUCACAAAAUCUGGUUAAUUAAUGAUUGUCAACUGUGCAAGGCUGGUGAUCCUACUAAAAUGAGUAAGCGCGAUUUUAAACGAGCGUUUUUUCUGAGCGUAUUGGUCGUUUUGGCAUAAGUUUUUCAGUCAUUUUAGAAUGAGUGUUUGGCUAAAAUACAAAAACGAGCGUAUAGCAGUACGCUUGUCUAAAACCGCUCUAAUGUACUAAAUCCAAUUUGAAAAAUAUCAGGAAUUUCGGUGUUAUUCUGGUAAUACUCGCAAUAUCAUAAAUAGAUCUACCCAUAAGCAGUUUUUACUAAAAAAUAAUGAUAAAACAAGUAGUUAAUUAUGUGCUUAUACAAUCAUUUGCUUAAUGUACCGAAUUCAAACCUCUGCUUUUGUGAAAUUGUUUCAAACAGAUUGCAAUCAACAAAUGAACUUUAUAUACUUAAAAAUUAUCAUUUACCACAUGUAGAUAAAUAGAUUAGAGCAAUAUUAUUAGUCAGAUGGUAAAAUUGACACCUUUUUUGUUUUAUAGACCACAAAUGGUUGAAAUUCUUACAAGUAUAAGCCUGAGGUUUCACAAAUACUGUUAUAUGCUUUUACCAUAUUGUAAAAUAUCUCAUUGUACAUGAUUAAUAGGAAUUUAUUAUAUUAAAACUAAGUGGAAGUUGUGAAUGACAAGUAUUAUUUUUGCAAGUCUUGAGUGAAUGAUUAAUAGUAAAAUAACUGGGGAGACUACAAUGAUGACAGUGAAUCGAUGUAAGCGCAACGGAAAAUAAAUAAUUUUAGAUA